GAGGAGAAGCGGAACACGAAAUAAACCAAGCGCAGAAAACCGAAACCGCCAUUCCAAAUCUUAGCAGUUAAGUUUUGAGAUUCAUAUUUCACCCCUCCGUUCAAUUUCAAUACACUCUCAUCAAUACGGUAUAGAGACAGGGGAGUGGAGAAGAUCCCUGGAAUGGACGGACCGCCGGAGAAUGAUUUUUGCUCAAUAUGCCAUGGCACCUUCCGCAUUCCUUGCCAAGCCAAUUGCUCCCACUGGUUUUGCGGUAAUUGUAUUCUACAAGUUUGGGAUCACGGGCCAGCCUUGCAGCCAUGUAAAUGUCCGUUGUGCCGUCGCCAGAUUACUCUUUUGGUCCCUUCAGAUGAUUCAUCAAGGCAGCGUCGAGCUCCUGAUGUAUCUGGUGUUUUUACUAAAAUUGAACGAUAUAACGGGUUAUUUGGCCCGCGGAGCAAUGGACUUAUGCAGAAAAUGCAAGAUCUUCCGUUUCUCCUCAGGAGAUUGUUACGAGAUAUUACAGACCCUCAACGGUCUCUUCCUUUUUUCAUCAGGGCACGAGUAUAUCUGGCAACAUUUUUAAGUGUGCUCUAUGUCCUCAGCCCUAUAGACAUUAUUCCAGAAGGUACCAACUAAUUAAGCUUUCUCUUUUUAACUGCUAAAUGGGUUUAUGUUGUUAUUUUCAUUCCAGUAACUGGAUUUUCCUUCUUGUCAAUCAGGAGUUUUGGGUAUAAUUGGAUUCCUGGAUGAUGCAAUUAUAGUGUUCAUUUGCUUCCUGCACGUGGCUGCACUCUACCGUGCAUUACUGGUCUCACGCCAUGGCGGUGGAGUUGCCUCAUAGCAGCAGUAAUAAGUUUCAUCUUCUCUUCCAAUUCAAAUUACUUUCUUCUGGCUGUGACAGAACAAGCAGACAGACAUAGUAGGGAAGCAAAUGAAAUUCAAAAGGGAGGUGAGGGAGGUGGUGCAGAAAUACGUACGUACACUUCCCUUGAUGGGGUUGUGCUCCAAUUUUGGAUUUCCAUUAAAGUUCAACGUAUAGAUAAAUGCCAUUUGAGGUUAUUAAUGUUUACUUGGCUCAUGCAUAUGUCAUUAUGGAACCACAGAUGCUACUAUCAUCCUUAUUUGAUCUUGUGUUCAAUAUUAAUGUGGUCAACUUAAUUCA